AUGAGUUGUGAAUUACAAUAUUUAAUCGACGCUACUCAAGAUGAUGGAUGGUUUUAUAUAAUUAAUAAAACAGCCAUUUUAGUAACGGAAAUUGAUGAAAUCGUUGUAGGUGCUAAAGUGCAAUUUCUUUAUCCAGAAAAUGCAACAAAACCUAAAGUGAGAAAAGGAGUCAUUUUACAAGAAUCAGAGAACGAAACUGUCUUACAAAAAGAAAUGGACAAAAGAUGCCGUGAUCUCGAAAAAUCCAACAACAAGAAAAAUCAUAACCAAACCAAAAAAGAACAAGAGAAAAAAAACGUUGAAGCAACAAAAAGAAAAUUGGAGAAAAUUAAAACUUCCAAUAUAUUAAUGGCCAAAGAAUUACAUGAGGAUAUGAAUAAUUCAUUGAAGAAGAAACCUUUGCAAUUUGAGGAAAUUCUUGACAAUGCAUUAUCUUUAACAGAUAAGCUGUUCGAUGCUCUUUAUCAUAUGAAAAUGGAGGUUCAAAUGGAAUAUGAAUCUGUGCCAAAGGAACAUGGAAGUAAAAUAAAUAGUGAAAUGAUACAAAAUGUGGAUGGAAAUAAUAAGAAUGAUAAUGAGAUGCAAGAGGAAGUUAUUGAUAGAAAUUAUAAUGCAAUGUCAAAAAUUGAUAAGAAUGAUAAUGAGACGCAAAAAAAAGUUAUGGAUAAAAAUGAUAAUGCAAAGUCAAAAAAUGUUCAGAAUGAUAAUAAGAUGCAAGAUUAUAAUAAAGAUAAAAAUGAAGAUAUGGAUUUGGAAAAUGAGUUUGAAAAUCACAUGUUCUUAAGUGAAAAUAACGAAAAGUCUAAAGAUAUUAAUGAAAAGAUAGGUGAUUCUAGAAAUAAUAAAUCAAAAUCGAAUGAAGAUCUUUGCAUGGAAUUGGAAACAGAGGUUAUGACUUCACUGACUAUUCCUGAUUCACAAGAAAUUUUGGAUUCAUCCGCAGAGGCUGAAUCUCUAAAAGAAACUACAGACAUUCGUCCUUCUUCAUCAUCUGACAAUCCGUCCUUUUCUCAUGAAGUAGGAAUUAAUAGAAAGGAUUCAGUUUCCCCUGAAAGCUUGUGGAUGAUGAAGUGCAAAGCUUCGGACUGUGAUAAUGUGACAGUUAUCGAAUUAGUCAACAAUAGUGGAGUAUAUAUAAAUAAACAUGGAUUGAAGCGGGCUAUAACAAGAUCAAAUACUUCCACAGUUUUGGCGAGGUCAAUUUUAGUUGAACUUUUUAAAAAUGAUGCUCUUGCAA